AUGGCGGCGAAAGACAACUUCACCACCAUCCCUUUGACUUCCAAGGGGUCGAUCUGCAUUCCCAACCCCCCGCAGCUGCCCCCGCUGUUCAAUUCCCGCGUCCAGCUCGAGCUCGGCGAGUACGUCGUGCAGCAGGCGCCACAAUUGAAAGAGCGCGGCGUCAGCGUCCACGAGAUCUCACAGAUCUUCACCUCCAUCAAACUCGCCGCGAAAGUCGUCAACAAAAUUAUCACCAAGCAGAACUCUUUCGGUCUUGACGAUGCGGCCGCGACGAACGAGGAUAUUUCAGACCUCGCCAACAUCGCCAACAAGCGGUUCCUUGACGCCUUCACAAACCGCGAGGUUGUGGCUGGCAUUGCGACGAUGAUGCAGGACGAGAUCAUUCCCAUGACCAACUGCAACGAAAAGAAUCUGGUCGCGCUGAUUCACCCUAUGGAUGGGACGAAGCAGGUGGAUGUCAACGUCUCGUCCGGUACGAUUUUCUCCGUCUACAAAAGAGUCACCCCUGUCGGCACUCCCGUCGAGCUCCGUGACUUCCUCCAGCCUGGAAAGGAACAGGUCUGCGCCGGCUACGUUCUGUACGGCUCGUCGACGAUCAUGGUGAUCACUCUGGGUUCCGGCGUCCACGGCUUCACCUUGGAUCCUUCUUUGGGAUCUUUCUUCCUGUCUCACAUGAACAUCCGCAUCCCCGAGGACGGCAAGAUCUACGCGAUCAACGGAGGCAAAAUCAACAAAUUCCCUUACGGCGUCCGGGCUUACAUCGACUACUGCCAGUCGAAAGCUAUUUCGUGCCGGUACAUUGGCUCUCUCGUGGCGGAUUUCCACAGGAACAUGCUGAAGGGCGGCAUUUAUAUUUACCCUCCGACGUUCACGGAUCCCACGCCCUCCGUCUCUAUGAUUUUCCAGUGCUUCCCCCUCGCUUUCCUGACGGAGCAGGCCGGCGGCAAGGCCAGCGACGGCUUUACACGCAUUCUCCUGAUUGAGCCAGUCAGCCUGCGCGACCGUGUCGCCUUUUUCUGCGGAAGCUCUCACAUGGUUGACGGAGCUGAGGCGCUGAUGGCGCGGUACAAAAUGCGCGACGGCGGCUGGUGCUUCCAGGCUAAGAAGCCUGCGGAAGUGGGGACCCCGAACUCCGGCAGCAAGCGGGCUGCGUGA